UUUAAUCGAUUGUUACCCUUUGGGGCAAAAGAAGAAGCAGCGCCGGCUCUCCGGUUUUGUCAAUUAAAAAGCGAAACAAAUUUAUAUCUUAAAAGCUUACCAUGAUUAAGCUAAAACUGGAGGCGUUGGGUCAUCCCACUCCCAGCGAUGUGGCGCUGAGCAAUCGCAAGGAGUUUGCCAGCACAAUCCUCUGGAUAGAGGACCAAAAGAUCCGUCUGUACUCAAUUGAGGAUCGCGAGAAGCUGCGUCAUAUAGACAACCCCAAGUCAUGGGAGGAGGGCUACCUAAAGUACUGCGCGGACCUCCAAAUGCCGCCCCUGGAGAGCCAGCAAGAGCAGAUGGCCUGGAUUCUAAGCCACGCUGUUCGUCUGGAAUUCCUGGACGACCCAGAGCAGUUUGCGUCCAUCAAUAGCAAAACGGGACCGCCUAAAAGUAAUGGCAAACAGGCCCCAGUUAAGGUUCAGUCCAUUUUCGACGGAAAGAUGAAUGUUCAGGACAAAGCGUUUGUGGAUGGCGUUCGCCAGCUAGCCAGCAAACUGAAUGUGCCCCACCAUCCGAACCAUCUGCUGCAGCUGGAGGCGGUUGCGCGGGUGGUACACGAGCGCCUAUCGCCCGCCGCCAAGGGGCGCCAGCCAAUUGUGGGUACACCAUUUCCUUUCGACAAGGGCAACGAUAUUAUCUCGGCCAAUGAUCCUGCCUUGGAUCUGCCGAUGCGCAUUUUGCGCCUACUCCAGAUUCAGAGCCUGCGUCAGCUGCAGACGCACAUUAACGAGACGAUUGUGGCAGUGCAGAACCUCACAGCCAAUCCAAAGACUGACACCAAGCUGGGCAAGGUGGGACGCUAGUCGAGGGAACUCGCGAAAGCUAAGCAACAAUAUUAUGUAGGCCUAUUUAAAUAUUUGCUUAAAUUUAGAUUUAAAACAUUCGCCCUUAUAAACGGGAAAUCUAGGAAAGCCAAGAAACACUAAAGGCCUAUACAAACAUGUUAUUAUUGUAAAUGAAAGGGAUGUAGAUCUAAAUAAAGGUUUAUAUUGUCAAAGAA